AUGAAACUUGAUUCAGGAUUCUUCGUCGUCUUUUUGGGCGCUGUACAAGCCUAUGAGGAUACACUUGGUCUGGUGAAUGGCUAUACUUCUUUAUCCACAGCCAACUUUGAUAUCAAGUUAGUCAAAGAUUCACAACUCCUCGCCUCUCUCAAGCCGACAGGAGACUCUUUCGAUUUCCUACCUUUUGAUGAUCUCGCAUACCGAGCGGCAAACGGCCAAUAUCAUAAUGGGGACAUUGCAUAUCGUUAUCGGCUGUCGGGUUCAACAAAGUGGAUUGCAGGCGACUCGGCAAAAGCAAGAAAAUCGUUGAAAAGUGUUGAAUCCGAUGCCCUUGCCGCCGCUGACAUGAUGCAAACCCUACCAACCUCUCCUAUCCAUAUCCUUCGGGAGUGGAUUGACGUGGACGGUGAUCUCGGGCUGACCUUUACUCUGACCAACAAGGGAAAACAAACAUUGGAAAUUGGCAGCCUGGGCUUCCCGAUUGAGUUCAACAGCAUCUUCUCCAACCGCACAGCUGAAGAUAUGGUGGCCAAGUGCUCGCUCAUAGAUCCAUAUAUUGGGAUGGAUGCUGGGUAUCUUCAGGUGACUCCCACAUCUGGGACUGGGGCAUCGUUGAUCCUUACCCCGUUGCUCAACACAAGCACUCCACUGGAAGCGUGGCGAAACCUUGACGAGCCCAGCACCGAGCCUCUUUACUACGGCAGCCAAACAUUUGAGGGAUUCUACGAAUGGCAGACUCACACCAAAGCCUAUGCUGAGAAUGAGUGGUCAAGUGUCACCCCGUGGAACGAGCCUAGCUCUUGGAUAAUGAAGCCAAGUGAAUCAGUGACCUACGGAUUGCGUUUCACGGUUGUCAAGGAUGGUGUGCGUGGUAUACAGGAUGCACUCAAAGCCACCAACACGCCUGUCACUCUGGGCAUACCGGGAUAUGUGGUGCCAGUCGAUCUCACAGCUCAGCUUUACGUCUUUGACUCUCAGAUAUCCAAGAUCGUGUCCGAAGAUAACUCUUUCAAGAUAACCCAAGGUGCAAAUGGCAUUCUAUCCCUCACUCCAACUGGCUUGGCUUGGGGUCGGACCAGAGUAACCAUCACUUACGAAGACGGCAAGGUCCAAACGAUACACUACUUCAUCACGGACUCGGCACCUGCAGCAAUCAGCAAAUUGGGCGAGUUUACUACCACAUCGAUGUGGUUCAAUGACACACGCGAUCCCUUCCACCGAGCUCCAUCCGUCAUGACCUGGGACCACUCAACUCAAACCCAAGUGCUCCAGGAACCCCGAGUCUGGAUGGCCGGAUUAAGCGACGAAGGCGGCGUGACCUACUUGGCUAGUGUAAUGAAGCAAUAUGGCUUAGCAGAUGCAACAGAAGUAUCAAAGCUCGAACAAUUUGCAUCCGACGUUCUGUCUAAGACUAUCCAAAAUGCAGACUUCACCGUUCGCAAGAGUCUCUUCUUUUACGACCCUGCUCAAAUUCCCGGAUACAACUACGAUCAGUCUCUCGACUGGGGUAACUGGUGGUCGUGGAACAAAGAUGCUUCCUGUGCUACAGACCGUGCCUACGACUAUAUUCAUGUGAUCGGGGCAUACUGGGCGUCGUAUCGUGCAGGUCGAGAUAACGAGGCCCUUCUGAAAACGCACACUUGGCAGUGGUAUCUCAGCCAGGCAUACAAUACCACAGUGACCUGUUUUGCUACAGACUUGCGGGGGGAUGGACUUUUGGGGUACUCGCGUCUCGGACUCAUGGGUGAGAUUGUCAUUGGUGAGCUUCUAUCGGAUUUGAAGCGUGAACAUUGGACUGUCGAGGCGGCCUCUGUGGAGGCUGCUAUGAAGCUUCGCGCCGAGGCUUGA